GACUCCGCCAAAGGCACCUAUGAUGUUGCUGCCGAGAAGACAGCGGAGGGAGGUCAGUGGGUUGCAGACAGUGCCAAGAGCGCCUACGAUACUGCUGCCGACACUGCUAAGAGCGCAUACGACACCGCUGCUGACAAGACAGCGGAGGGAGGUCAUUGGGUUGCAGACACUGCCAAGAGCGCCUACGAUACCGCUGCCGAGAAGACAGCGGAGGGAGGCCAUUGGGUAGCUGACGCUGCCAAGGGCACCUACGACACCGCUGCCGAGAAGACAGCAGAGGGAGCUGACUGGGUAACUGGUGCUGCCAAAAGUGCUUAUGACACAACUGCCGAAAAAGUUUCUGAGGGCGCAGGUUGGGUGACUGGUACUGCCAAAGAUGCCUAUGACACCACUGCUGAAAAGACAUCGGAAGAAUGUAGUCGUGAAAUGAAAAGUCUUACUGUAAGUGAGAGGUUUGGUAGUGCUGUAAUCAAAAAUCAAAAAUGUUAG